UACUGAAAGAAAUUUUUAAUUUAGGAACAUGCAGUCACUAUGCCUACAACUUGGGUUAUGGCCUGUGCUUAUGCUCCAUCAGGAAACAUGGUAGCAUGUGGUGGUUUAGACAAUAAAGUAACUGUAUAUCCUCUAAGUUUUGAAGAAGAUGUUUCAAGUAAGAAAAAAGCAGUUGGUACCCAUACAAGUUAUAUGUCUUGCUGUCUGUUUCCUAAUUCUGAUCAGCAGAUUCUUACAGGUAGUGGUGACAGCACAUGUGCACUCUGGGAUGUUGAAUGUUCUCAAUUACUACAAAGUUUUCAUGGUCAUACAGGCGAUGUAAUGGCUUUAGACUUAUCUCCUUCAGAAACGGGCAAUACGUUUGUUUCUGCUGGUUGUGAUCGACAGGCUCUGGUUUGGGAUAUGCGUACUGGUCAGUGUGUGCAAUCUUUUGAAGGACAUGAAGCUGAUAUAAAUACUGUAAAAUUUUAUCCUAGUGGAGAUGCUAUUGCUACAGGUUCUGAUGAUGCAACGUGUCGAUUGUUUGAUUUACGAGCAGAUAGAGAAGUAGCUGUAUAUUCAAAGCAAAGUAUUAUAUUUGGUGUCAAUUCUGUUGAUUUUUCUGUUAGUGGUCGCUUGCUAUUUGCCGGUUAUAACGAUUACACCGUUAAUGUAUGGGAUACAUUGAAAUGUGUUCGUCUGAAUAUUUUGUACGGUCAUGAAAACAGAGUAACUUGUUUAAAAGUCUCGCCAGAUGGAACUGCAUUAUCCACCGGAAGUUGGGAUUUUACAUUAAGGGUGUGGGCUUGAACGCUUUGCUUUGUAGAAAAGGAAGGAAGGAUUAUAGCACCAGAAGAGCUAUCCGAAAACAGCACCUGGUGAAUUCCGUUAGGAUGUGAACAUUCCAUAUCCAUCUUUCUUUUGUAAUAAUCAGAUCUGGGUGUUCAGACUCCAGCUCUAUCUACCAAAGAUUCGCUUACAAUAGAAUUACUGCCUGCUGGCCCCUUUAUUGUUUAGGAUGUGACGUAUAUCAAUAUGUUAUGGCUGCCAGGUAGGUAUUUGCUGCCAAUGCGUGUUAUGUACUGUACCUAGGCUUUCACGAUUAUACGGACGACGACUUUAUUCGGCGGAUUAUAACCAAAUGACUAAUUGUCUAGUAGGCAUCAUCUUCCUUAUCGAUUUAAUUGUACUUAAUAUAUUUACGAAUAGUUUCCGGUUUAUUUUUUCAGACGAAUACAUUAAAAUAGGUAACGACGAACCGAUUAAACCAACUUUUUACGGAUUAAAAUCGAUCUCCACCUCUACUUAAAUUGCUAGAUAAUUUUAUGUCAUUCUUUGGCGGAUCGACAUUUCUGUAAACAAUAGAAUGCGUUAAGUUAUAAGUUAUCAAGGGGACCACUUCUGAUAUUCUGUGAACGUAAAUUUGAUUUAAUUAUCUGCGUUGUCAUUUUAAUAUAAAUAGAGAUAGCAUCCUCAUAAACUUCAUAUAUAUAUAUAAUAUAUACACUAUAUCCGGAUAGCUUUGCAUAGAAGAACUAUGCAUAACAUUUCCUUGAUCUUUUCAACAGCGUUAUUUUCACGACGGAACGUUUUAGUUGGAUUAUAGUCAUUACGCUUAUUUUACCAUGAAAUUAUUACGAACUUUUUGUGGCAAUAUAUUAACAUCCGGAUAGCUUAAGACAGACGAAAAGCUAGUCAUUGUUUCGUAUUGAUUUUAGACAUAUCAUCUAUUUAUUUCUUUUGUUUUUUAUCUUUAGAUAUUUAUAUCCAAUUAUUUUGUUAUAUUGGACGAAUUUUAAAAGUUCUAACGGGCCAUAUUUUAAGUCAUUCGUCAACAAUCUAGAGCUUCGAGUGUAGAAAGAUAGCUUUUGUACCGAAGCGGUUCGUGUGGGCAUAAUACACUUCCUAGAUUAGACGGGUGAUAAGAUUUAGAGACGAGAAAACCCGGGCGUCGUUUAAAAACAUUUAGUACGCAGCGAACGAGAAAAACAAUUAACCAAAACAACAGCCGGGAAACCAUUUUAUGUGAUAUCUGUACAGAGUGAUAUGUGUAAGUAGAUCAAUUAAUAGUCGGCCAAUCAUCUUCAUAAAAUGAAUAUUUUCAUUCAUUGUGUAAAACGAGUCGAGAUUGUUGUGAAUUUUACUCAGCUGUAAACUGUAUAAUAACCGAAUAUAAAAUAAAUUACUGGUACUGUCACACCACGCAAGCUAAAUUAUAUUGAAUUCGUUUGAUGUAUAUAAAUAAAUAGGAAUGUCAGCGAUGCACUAAAUAUAUGCCAUUUAAUAUAUUAUGUAAUAAGACGGUAGAUUUAAGAGUUAGAAAGGAUUUGAAAAACUAAGUUUGUAUAUUCGGUGGGUGGCAUUUUUCUUCCGUCGUCCCGCACUCCGGAUCUUCGUUAACACGGAAGAGACUAGUUUCGAAAGUCGGAUGCGCUUAAAUUUGAAUAUGUAUCUUUAAAACGGUAACAAUGCUGCCAAAGUUGUACGAGAAUAACUUUAGCCAUCUCUAUGUUUAUCUGUAAGGUAUAUCGUCUAAUUAGUGACUACGAAUUCACCCCCCACCGCCAUGGCCUCCACGCGUCUUUUAUGAUUAAACGUUAUAACAAAAGUAAUUUCGCCGGUAAGGUCGAAGUUUAUACGGAUGUGAAAUGAAUUCGAUCGAGGGGCGCCAAGAGAAAGAAAGCAGUAGUCACGAAUUAGACGUUAAUUGAGUGAAAGUUUUGUGACCAUUGUGUUAGUUUUCUUUUUGUUUGGUUAACCAACGAUUCCGGUGCAAUAUUUUUGUAUCUUUGUUUAAGUACAGUACAUCCCGUGCAAUAUUCGUUCUCGCAUUCCCUGUACCUCGCGAAUUUUUUUCCGACUGCAAAGAGAUAUAGCUUGGUUUUCCUAACGACUGCAUUUAUUUAUUUAUUUAUUUUAUUUUUUGCUUUUUUGUCAAAAAUAGAAUUGUAAAAAGAGAAGUGUCAAGUAACUGAUUGGAUACUCUCUUACUUUUUCAAAGUUUCGUUCUGAUAAAAUAAAUAAAAUUUGCAACCAUCUC